AUGGGUUACGGUGCCGAAAACCUUACAAUGGAUUUACGUUCCAAAUUGUUCUCGAACAUUCUCUCACAAGACAUGGGUUACUUCGAUUCACCAUUACAUGCCAGUGGAAAGAUAUGUACACGAUUGGCUACCGAUGUGCCUAACUUACGAUCGGCAAUCGAUUUUCGUUUGAGUACGGUCAUCAUGACUUUGAUUUCCAUGUUAGCUGGUAUUGUAUUGGCAUUCUUUUAUGGUUGGCAAAUGGCAUUUUUGGUAGUUGGAAUUCUUCCUUUACUUGGAAUCGGACAGGCUUUACGAGUUCGUGUUAUGGGUGGCAAGCAUCGAAAGAAUGCGAAGGAUUUCGAAGAUUCCGGAAAGGUAGCUAUGGAAGCAAUAGAACAUGUUCGUACAGUCCAAGCCCUUACUAAGGAGGAAGCAUUCCAUCAAAAAUUUUGCGAUUAUCUGGACGCUCCACAUCGCGACGCACUACGCGAAUCAUUCAUCCAAGGAGUUGCCUAUGGAUUUGCUACCUCUAUAGUGUAUGUACUGAACUGCUGCUCAUAUCGGUUGGGUCUCUAUCUGAUUGUCAGCAGUAUUAUGAUGCCAACGAGAGUUUUGAGAGUAAUGUACGCCAUCACAAUUUCGUCAUCAACUCUUGGGUUUGCCUCGGCCUACUUCCCUGAGUACAUGAAAGCAGCUUUCGCUGGCGGCAUCAUUUUUAACAUGCUCAAGCAGAAAUCCUCCAUCGAUAACCUCACCCACGACGGCAAAAAAGAGAAACUAAGCGGUGCUAUCACUUUCAAAAAUGUGAAAUUCAGCUAUCCGGAGCGGCCUCAAAUCGAAGUAUUGAAGGGGUUGUCAUUCACCGCGAAACCCGGCGAAACAUUGGCACUCGUUGGCCCAUCUGGUUGUGGCAAAAGCACAGUCGUCUCGCUCAUUGAGCGAUUUUACGAUGUCAAGGAUGGACAAGUGCUGCUCGAUUCGCACGACCUCCGUUCGCUGAAUCCAUAUCACACACGAUCACAAAUCGCUAUCGUCUCACAGGAACCGAUUCUAUUCGACUGUUCUAUUGCCGACAAUAUUGCAUACGGAAUGGAAGUACGUCCUUCACAAACCGAAAUCGAAAACGCCGCUCGCAAGGCUAAUAUUCACACCUUCAUCAAAGGACUACCUGACGGUUACGAAACAGGCGUAGGUGACAAAGGGACACAGCUGUCUGGUGGUCAGAAGCAGCGUAUCGCUAUCGCUCGAGCUCUAAUCAGGAGCCCGAAGAUACUGCUACUGGAUGAGGCCACCAGCGCUUUGGAUACGGAAAGUGAAAAGGUGGUACAAGAAGCACUGGAUCGAGCUCGUGAAGGUCGUACAUGUAUAGUUAUUGCCCAUCGCCUCAGUACUGUCGUCAAUGCCGAUUGUAUUGCUGUCGUUAAAGGCGGUGUGAUCAUCGAGCAAGGUUCGAUUCAGUUACUACUUCAUAUGAUCAGGACUCAUACGGAACUUAUGGCAAAACGAGGUUUCUACUACGAACUCACUCAAAAGCAAACUGUUAAGUCUGCCAGUGAAUAA